AUGUUUUCCCGUGUGGGACGUCUCACAACCUUCGGUGCCCAGGCGGUCUCGAAUUGUCCGCUGCGCAGAGAUAACAUCUAUCAGCAGCCGUUGAAGAUCACCGCACCGAUCAACGACCAGCUCGUCAAUUUUGCGCACAAUUUCUCCGAUUCAGUUCGACAGAGAACCACCAGCUUCGGAAAUGACCCAUUCCUCGGCGUGCCAAUGGACGACGAAGAAGUCAUCAAGGAGUUGGAACUUCUAGAUCUCGAUUCAUGGCACACGAAGCCGCGUGCACCGUGCGCCGCGCCAUCGGACGAAUUGGAGCUAGAUCAGUUUUGGGAGGGAAAGAAUAUCACGGUUUGCGGCAGAGAUCCACGCAUAACUGAAUCAACUGAUUGUUUUGAGCUGGAAGCAUGGCGACCGACUGACACGUGGCAGAGCCAGGGACAGCAUCAACCACAGCAUCAGGCACAACAGCAACAGCAGCAUGGGCAUUCGAGUACAACGGAGAUGAUGCAUGAUUUCUCCAAUUUCGGAGAUAAUAUGGGCUCUCCACUCUUCCAAUCACCAUCCAAAUCGUCUGUCGAUCAGUUUGUCGGCUGCUCGUCGUCUCACGAGUUUGGUUUAAUGCCUCCGAACGACAGAAAACCGUCGAAAUUCGAGUUGGACAUUGAGAAUGAGUCGAAAGCUGUGGAUUGGGAGGCCUGGAAUCACUACUUGGAGAGCGACGACGACGUCUUCAAACGACCAGAAGCGUUCUUUAAGGAUGAGCCAAUGAUGACGACGUCUUCCAACUCGAUGACGACGACGUCUACCUCAUCUCCAGAUUCUGGAAUCGGCCUCUUUGAUUCUCAGCCAUCACAUUUUCAAAACAAUUUCAACAUCUCCUCUUCAUCAUCUUCAGCGAAUCUCUUCAGAAUGGUGACACCUGCCGCCGCUCCACAACAAGCCGUCGUUCCUAUCACACACGAUCAUGAAGAUCUAUUUUCAUCUGGACCACUUCUCUGUGUUCCGAAAGAAGAAGACAUCUUCGACGACUUCAUUCAAAGAGACGACGACGAUGAGGACUACAUCCCAGCUUCUGAAUCCAGAAGACAGAGCUCACGUCUCCAGAGAAAGUCCGCAACACCUUCAUACCUUCGUCGUCGUGACUCGGAACGCUCGUGGACUCCGGCCUCUUCUGACGACUUCUAUCCGACGGAGAAGCAGAAGUUCAAGAAGCGUGGAGUAGUUCUGAAGCCGUCCGUCGAUGAAGAGACCGAUAGAAGACGUGCGCUGAAUCGAAUCGCAGCGGUUAGGUAUCGAGAGAAGAAGCGAGCUGAGAAAAUGGGAAGACAGAAGGAAAACCAGGCAGUCUUCGACCGAAACCGCAUUCUUCUGCAGCAAGAACGUCAACUGAAACGUGAAAUCAAUUUGCUCAAAAAGGAUCUUCGUCGACUUGGAGCCGCAGUAUAA